AUAGGUAAAUGUUCCGUGUAUCCCAUAGCGACGUGCAUCGCUGUCAGGCGCGUGCAACUCGGAGAAAAGAGAAGAACCGGCGACGUAAAUAAAAAUAACUGAACUAAUAUUGUUACUCCUGUAAUCCUUCAAGACUUAUGAUUUUCGAGACGAGAUUAUAAUCAAGUAAAGAAUCAGAUUAUACACCGGAGGAAGAAAGGCCAUAGACCAUCAUCAUGUUGAAACAAGACAUGCCAAGUGGGAAGGUCCUGCUGAGCUUUGAGUCUAGUCCGAGGAGCAAGUCUCGCUACCAGACCCUGGCAGUGAAGACGGAAGAGCCAGAACCAGAGGAAGCCAAAGAAUAUGCCUCAUUCUUGAAAGCUCAAGAGAGAAAAUGUGGUCCCGAUGGCUACCUAGACUCCAACAAGUACACCCAUUCCUUCCAGGUCCGUGGGAAGGUCCUGGACUCAAAGGGUAGUAAGCCCAAGAAGGAUGGGACAAUGUCACCAGUACCGGCCAAGUCUGCCCCACCCAGCCUUGGGGCACAGAACUUUGGGGAUUUGACGGGGCCCAAGAGGUCGGAGACCGUGGUCGAUGUGAUGCAGAAGGUAGCGGUGGAUGAGAGGGAACAUGGGAGGAGGAUGAAGAUCAUUGAGGACCAUAUGUGGCAGCACAGACAGGAAGAAAGAGAUCUCAAGCGAGCAGAGGGAGACCUGAUGAAGAAUCAGGCCUCACUAAAAAGGACCAUGAGGGACUAUGAAAUAGCAAUCACUAGAAAGAAAAAAUCAGAAGACCAGAAGAUGCUGGAUAAUAAACAAAAAGAGUUUUUCAUCACGAGGGAUUAUGUUCAUCAAAAGGAAGUGCAAACCAAGAAGAAUAUAGAAAAGGCUGUGGCGAAACAGCAACAACUCAAAGAUGAGGAUCGAAAGGUGCUCCUAUCAAUCGGAGACCUUGAGAGGAAAUACCGUGCCAAGAUGGACGAGAUCGAGCUCCGUCGUGUCGAGGUUCAGAAACUCAGCGAAGAAUUCACCAAGAGGAUGGUCUUGAAGGAGGAGGAGACCCAUCGUCUCAACAAAGAACUCACCGACCUCGCUCUCAACAUUAAUAUGGAGAUUAAAAAGAGUCAGACUGUGGUCAAGGAUACGAGAGAUGACGUUCUGGCUGAGGGAAAUGAUAAAUGGAGGCAGACAAAUGAGACAGAAAGGAGAUAUGAACAAAAGCUGAAGAAAACAAAAGACAAGGCAGACUCAUUUGAAAACAACAAGAGGAAACUCAGCUUAGAUAUCACGCUAGCACGGACAGGGAUGGAGGAGAAGAUUCGUGAUGAGGGUAGAGCGCUUCUGGAUACCAGGAAUCAACUCGGAGAUAACCGAUUCACUCAGAAGAAACUUCAAGAGGAAGCUCUAAAUACCAAGCUAGACCUGACCAAUAAGAAGAUAGAACGAAGAUUACAGCUUCACAAUGCGAGGAGAGAAAAGAGACUACAGAAUAUCAGUGCUGAUAAGAAAGGAAUGCAUGAGGCGUCGGUGGCUAAAUGGGCUGAGAGAUACAGCAAGAAAUAUUAUGAUGCUUCCAGGAGGGAGAACGAAGAUGCUAUGAAACAUGCUCAGAGGACAGUAGCUAAGCUGGAAGAGAUAGAGCACAACAUCUCAAACCGCGUCAGAGACUCAGAACUCUCCAGGAAGCAGCAAGAGCAGCAGGUCAAGCGUCUUGGCAGCAAGCUGGCUGAGAUGAAGAGACAGCACCAGAUGCUCAUCAAACAACAGAUGAUUGAUUGUGCAAACAAAGAGAGAGAUCUGGAACAGAAGAUGAUGAGGCAGCAGUCGGAACUAGCAAAGGCUCAUGCGAAUCGUGAAGAAGGGUACCUUACACUCCAGAAGCACAGACUGUCUAUGCAAGAGGAUAUUAAUAUACUCAGUGAAACAGCAAGGGAACAUCAAAGACUGAUGAGGAUAGGACAGAAAACUGACCUGAUGAGCAGCGUACCUUGAUCAUCUCUUGGAACAGUUUCAUAUGCUAUGCUAUCAAUCUUUACUAUUUCAUAGUGCAAUGGUCAUAUACAGUUUCCACUGGCAUAUUGAGCACUUUCAGAAUGUCUCUUGGAGCAGUUUCAUCUGCUAUCGAUCCUCGGCUCAGAGUGCAGUGGCCACAUAAAGUUUCCUAUGUUAGUUUUUAGCACUUCAGCAUUUCUCAGACCAGGUCCAUGUGCUAUUAGUCUUCUUCGCUUCAUAGUGCAAUGGCUGUGUUCAGUUUCCAAUGGCAUUUUGAGCGCACGGUACGUAUUGGCGAUUCCUUGACUCUGUAGAGUACAUUGGCAAAGGCCAUGCUACACAUUCAUCGUUGUCAGUUCUACGGUAUAUUGUACGCAGAGAUGUUACUGGCAAAUUUGGCGUAGUUGGUAAAGUCGGCCGUUAAGUUGGACAUCCCCAUGGAAAAUGGGGGGAAAAAGCAAUCUAAGUUGCAUUUACAGAAUUUUGGGUUUCCUGGUUGAGGAAUGUGUACAUAAUAUAAGUUCUUCAUCAAUCUUAAAAUCUAUUGUGAAAACGAUUUCAUUUGCAGGAACACCCAUAUUUCCUAUUUACUACUGCUAAUGAAGCACAAAGCUUCGUGGUACAGGGUCCUUGAAACGUUCAUAAAUCUAAUUAUAGGUGGUUUGAUAGUAUGAUAAUCCCUUAUGUACCGCUAUGCUACAUGACUGAGUUUAAUGAUACAAUGUAUUUCACGCUUUAAUCUCAUAUGCCUAUGUAUUUUUGGGUGGAAUAGGAAAUGAUCAUGCAAUAUUGUGGGUUUAUAUGAUAUACAUGUAAACAGCAUAUUAAACUCUUGAUUUAUUUUUGUUUCAUUUUUAGCUUGAUUUAUUAAGAGUUUUUAAAAUCUCAAACAGACUUCUGAUUUUGAUAUCAAUAUAUGAGUAAUUGAUUGAACUUCACCUUGAAAUUGCACUUUUGAUUAUCAUGCUUUUGCUUCUGAAAUGUUAGUCAUUCCAGAAAUAUCUAAACUUAUGAUUUUCAUGAGAGGAAUAUGCUGCACCUAUAAUUUCCUACCUUGAUUUAAUUCACUUUGAAUCAUGAUGAACAGAUUUUCUACUUUAGAUGAUUUCAUGAUAACUAGGUAGGAGGUAGAAUAUGAGACAAUUGAUGUAUUUUUUCUAAAUUAUAAUUAUACUCAUUGAGGAAGAAUGCUAGAAAUUUACUUUGUAGGUGUAUUCUUAUACAGAUAGAAUUUUUAUCAUUCCAGUGAUGGAUGUGAAUAUAAUUAUUGUUAAGUAUAUACAGUAAUAAUAAAUAUCAUCUAGUAUGCAUAUGAUGUAUGCACCUGAGUUAAUCAUAUGAUCUUUCAGAACUUGGGUUGAAUGAAUAUCUUUAUUAUUGGAUCACAUUUAGUCUGACUUGGGCACAUUAUGAUUAAGUUUUAAAUAUGUUUCAUGAUUUUCUAACCAUCUUUGGUGUGAUAUAUGCUUUCUGUAUCAUGAUCAAAAGUACAAUUGAACAGAUACUGCAUCUGUAAAAAUGAAUGUCAUAAUAUGAAUGAAAUCAAUUUGUAUUCAUUUGUCCAUUCUCCAGUUCUCUAAUUACAAACUGCAUUAAUAUAUAUAAACAUGCAUAUUCCUUUACAUUUAUCAGAAAAUUAAUAGCAAUGUAACUUAUACUGAGUCAGUAUAUGUGCAUGCUGGUAUUAAAUGAAAUCAAUUUGUCAUCGUAUGUACACUAUCUAAUCAUUCUCUUCUUACAAAUUGAAAUAAAUGUAUACCUUUAAGUAUUACCUUCACAUUCCUUAUUAUCUAUGCAAAUUUAUAUGUCCAUAACCAUAAACACUAAUUGUUUAAAAUCAAGAUUAGUUAACAUUUAUAUAUUCCACACUUUUUAAACGACCAUUGUAUACAGAUGGUAUCUCACUUUACUGUAAAUGCAAUAUUAUAUGACAAGUUUAAUAUCCAUUAGUGCCUUCUGUUUUAGUUUGCCAGAAAUAUCAAAUUGCCACCAUUAGUAUCGGUUUAGUUUAUGAGGAAAAUGGUAGAAACGUGAUGGUGAUUUAAUUUUCAUUGGCAUUUUUAGCAAAGUGCAAUCCGUGAAUUUACUGACAUCCUUUAUGGAGGGUUUUAGGAUUAAGUUUGAAGAGUAUGAAUUCAUGCACUUCUUGAAUGCUAAUUAUUAUCAGAAGUUGACAUGAUUCAAAAGUUCACCUCUAGAGCACGUUGAGUAAGAUGAAUAGAACAAAAUGAAGACUUUGAUUUUAAAUAAGGAAGUUAAUUACAUUUUGCGAUUUUGUUUAAUUUCACAAGACCAUUGUGCACAAAUGUUUGAUAUAUAAAAACAGAGAGUCAAUGAAGUCACACAUGCACUGUUCAUUAUAUUUUUUUUAAGUUGUAGUAAGAUUAAACAAAAUUUUCAACAUCGCUACUUUCUUAUUUUCACCUCUGUGAUUUAAAAAGUACAAUGUUUAUGCUUAUUUGAUUUUUCUUUUAAUCAAUUUUUGUAUUAGGUUGACCUGGCCUCCGUGCCAGUUGUACCAUAACUUAAUCAUGAUUUUAAAAAGAAAAAUCUUUGAAAUUUUUUUUAAAAAAAAACCCUAGUACAAAUAUCAUUUUAUAUUUACAUGCAUACUCAAAGUUAUCCACUUCCAACUUCUACCUUCGGGUGUCAUGGUUGCUAUUCAAAUUCAAAUUUCUUGCACAAGUUUUGAAAUGGUUGCCUUAACAAUUGCUAUUUUUUUUAUAUCAUCAUAAAUUUAGUAUUAAAGUAAUCUAUGUUUUUGAAAGUUGUAUACCUUACUUGUAUAUCUAUGCAAAGUUUGAUAUCCUAAAUUCUAACUUGUUUAAAAACUGAUAUUUCCUCCUCGUGAAUCAGAGAGUAACAUUCCAUGAUGCUUUGUGUCUGUGAGUUUCACUGACAAAUUUGCUCUGAGCCAAUUACAUUCAGGGUUUUGAGUAGCUUAUAAGAGUUGCCAAUCGAAAAUAUAAAUAAAUUGUUUCAUGACAUUUUUUCCCAGAUUCUACAUACACUUACCAUUCAUUGAGAUAAAUUGACUUUUCCAUUUCUUCCAAAAUCGUCAUUGCAAUCUUGAUUUAUUUACAUUUUUCCUAACAGUAAUGAACAAUCAUUACACUGAGUUCACUUCUGUGAUUUUGUGUCCUCAAGUAAUCAUAGUGAUAUGUGUCAAUUUGAACAAAGAUGGAUUCCUUUACCUCUUUAUUUUGUGCUACAUUACAUUUAAAUAUAUGACACUGCACUGAUGAAUUAAAGACCACCAUCUUUUGUUUUAAUUGGAAAGAUGGUGCUGGAUUUGGACCCAUAGGCCUGUAUUCUGAGGUCGAGUGUAACUUAGGCUAUGGGAAGCCGAUAAUAUCUGGGCCCAUUGCAUAAAGGUUGUUAUUAUAGUAAUUUUGCCAUCCAAUGGUAUCUUUCAUGGAAUCCUUGAUUUUGAUUGGCUGUUAAGCUCUGUUACCAUGGUAGUUACCAUUGGAUGACGAAAUUACCAUAAUAGUAACUUUUCUACAACAGGAUCCUGAAUUAUGUUUACAUUGUACGUUUCUUUUCUUUGUGUUCCUUUCACAUGUUUUAAUGGUGGAGAAAUAUAUUUUAGUUACUGUUCCCAGAUAGUUAUGAAUGAUUUGAAUAUUAAAUGAGAUGAUAUAUUGCACCUAUAUUGAUAGACCUAUGUCUCAAUGGGCUAUCCAUAGUUAAACAACAACUUUAAAACAAGAGUUUAAAUAGAACUUGAGUUCAAAGAGUGCAAAAUAUUUGUAUCAUGGUUAAAAUUACCGGCUUUCACUCUUCACUUCUCACAAGUAAAUGAACUGUAUAUCACUAUUGUAAAAGUUUUUAGACUAAACUAGCUAUUUGCACAAUGUUGAAACUUGUUGCCAAUGAGCUUUUCUUGAAUAUAUAUUUCUUGAUUUUUUAAAUGUUUUUUUUUCUUAUUGGGCACAUAUUGGUACUUAUAUCUCAACAGCAUUAUGAUGUUUUUUGCCAUUUCAAUCAUGGUUUUAUUUUCAAUAUUGUAUAUACUCAUUUCUAUCAAUGAAGGCUGAAUUAUGAAUGAAAUAUAAUAUGAAGGCCUUGCCUUGGCUGUCAAAAUAGAAAUUGCCUUAAGAUGUG